AUGGCGUUGACCAAACUUUCCUACGAUGAACCUGUCAACAUGUCACGUAUGCGCGAGCAGGCAUACGCGCCACAUCACCUGGCGAGGCGAAGCGUAGUCGCAACGAUGUCGACGUUGACGAAAAUUUUUGUGACCGUUGUAGUUAUAGCGUCGCUUCCACACAGUUCAGCGUUCAGUAUUCGAGAGCUUAUUCGAGGAGGGAAGCGUGGUGAUUCAUCAACACCGUGCCCAACUUGGCAUCCGUUCGAAUGUCCAUCUGGUGAGUGUGUGCCGAUCAAAUAUCUAUGCGAUGGUUCUCCUGACUGUUCGGACGAAUAUGAUGAGAAUAAAAGCAUGUGCACUGCCGCCACAAGACCUCCCGUAGAAGAGACGUCGGCAUUUUUGAAAGCAUUGUUGACGGCACACGGGAAAGACUUCCUCGUUAAGGUCUUUGGUCCGAAAGCAAAAGGAGAACUAGCUGGAAUGGGGGGUGUGGACAAAGUGGCUGUUGCAUUAUCUCAAAUUCCAACAGCCGAUUUGUUUGGCAUCGAAAUGAAAUUCACGGAAGAGGAAACAGAGCACAUGAUGGCUGUGCUUGAUGGUAUUCUCAACGGUUCUACGGAUGAACUCACGUCGAACGAAGCAGCUGAUUUCCGCUUCUUUGUGCAAAAAUUACAGGAGACCGGGUUCUUCUAA